AUGAAUUCUCAAAACAGGGAAAAACAAAAGUUGAGGCAUCGAAUGGGACCUAUGAAUUUUGCUAGAGUACGCGUCGCAUUGCGUGCAGCCAAAGACAACAACGAAGAACCAUCAAAGCCUGAAAUAUUUAUUGCAACUCGUACCAAGACGGGAAAGGAAAUCCAGGCUGAUAAUCAAGUUGCAAUAGCGGAAUUUGAAAAUCGCCAAAAUUUUGGGGAAACAGCUGGUGGUGCAUUUAGCGCAGUGUUUGGAAAGGAGCAGCCUGGUCGAGUUAGGUGCUAUGGUAGUUCAGUGACAACAAGUUAUUUGAAGAAAGAUGAGGAAAUUAACAAUCUAAAACAAAAGCAUGCCGAUGAAAUCACUUCUCUAAAGGAAGAAUUGAGAGAAGAAAUGCGACAUUUAUUCACUCAAUUGCUGCAAAACAGCCCUGGAUUGAAUUUUCAAGAUAUACCAGGGUGUGUUGGAUCUAACCUUUCUUCACCUAUUGAUGCAAGUAGUGCACAAGCUGUAAGAGGCACAAAUCUUCCAUUUUCUUCGGGGUCAGCUCAAGAUUCGGUUCUUCAAAAGGCCAAAAAUGGUGUAGUGGGGGCCACAGAUACUGAGAAAGCAGAGUUGGCUUCCUAUCAUCUUAAAGAUGUUGCACAGACUUGGUGCAAGAUGUGGCAGGAUAGACGAGCUUUGGGUGGAGUUCCAGUAAUUUGGGAGCUGUAUGCUACUUCUCUUGUAUCUAACUGCACGGAUGAGAUGAGCAGGUUCCUCGUAGGGAUCACCAAAGAUUUGGAGGAGAAGUGUCGAUCUGCAAUGCUCCACAAUAACAUGGACCUCUCCAAGUCGAUGGUGCAGGUCCAGAAUAACGUUGGCCUCCGUAAGCAGCGCAGAUUUAAAAAGGGGCAACAGAGUUCACGGAACUCUAACUUUAAGAGGAGUACAACACCUAUAGGACGCAGACCUGAGCCCAAGAAGGGCAAUGGAGUGCCUGUAGUUAAAGAGUUCCAAGAGGUAUUGCCUGCUGAUUUACCAAGAGUUGCUCCCCUUCGAGAGAUUCACUUUGAUAUCGAUAUAGAUCCCGAUACAAAACAAAUUUCAAUUCCACUUUAUUGA